GUGCUGCCUCCUACGGAAAAUUAAUCAAUCACAAAUUCUAGUACGUCUUCAUCGCCACAACAUUCUCCGUCAUGUUUCUUUAAUUUAACAUUAAAAAAAUAAUGUUGGAAGAUGCAUCCUCUGACACUCACGUAUAUUACGAUGCUUCAUCCUUGCAACCAGUUACACUCCAUUUUCCGAAAAUCAUAAAUUCGAUGUAGAAUUUCAAAAGUCAAUCCGAUUGCUUCCAAAAUUUAUGGACAUUAACCUCCGUCAAUAACAUCGUCUCGUCAACUGACUGAUUGCCACCUAUAAACCGUCUUACGGAAUGGACAAUUGACAAUGCAGAGAAGCUACAACAAUGAUUAACGACUCUAAUAAUCCGUGACACAUCUAUCAAUGAAGACAGCCCUUUAUCUCCUUUCCUCCAUCUUGUUUUCUUGUGGCGAGUUCCCCGUGGGAUUAUGACAGGAAGAUUGUCCUUGGUGGAGCAGAAGAAAUUGCAGUGGGCCAAAGAAAGGGAGGAAAUGGCCAGAUUAUGCGGGCAAUGGGGUUCUUUGAAAAAUUGUGAUCCUGUACGUACGACUAUACGGACUUAUCGUACCGGGACUAGAAUGUCUUUGACGGAAACUAAUGGAAAGCAGUCACAGCGCGGACAAUACGGAAGUACAAUAAGCUUGAAGAGUUUGUCAAUGGGAAAUACCGGAAACAGUACAGUGAGCUUGCAAACUUUGAAUUGUCCCAACGGCAGUUUGAUCAGCUUGAACGAUCAGACAGAAUUUUCAAAAACGGCGCGACGCAGAAGUCCCAGUUUACCGCCAAUUCAUAGCAAGGAUCAAGUCCAGUACUUGUCCCAGGAACAACGUGAACUGGGGGUGGAGGGCUUACGUUUCUACCCUCAGCAGCAGCAGCAGCAACAUCAGAGGUACCAGGAACGGGACACGAGCCAGAUUAAUAUAAGGGAGCGUUACGGUUCGCCACGCGAAGAACGCGAGGGUGAGACUUCCGGGUACGCCAGUGAUUCUGCCGAAGCAGCCUUGCCGCAGAGUAACAACGGUCUUUUACCAGGCUGCAAACCUACGGUGAUGACUGAGAGCAAUUGGAAUUCUGGUAAUUAUUAUGGUACACCUGAGAGCUCUCUGCCACCCUCCAGAAGACUCUCGGCUGCUAAGGGUGGAGAAUUGAAUAGGCCUAGAUGGGGUGGUAUUUGGGGACAGGAUUUAAUUAGGGGUGAUCCACCUCCACCCUCUUGGCUCGAGAGGGGACUUUCUAGACUGGAUCAUACGAGUCAGGUCCUGGUGAUCAAUCAUGACAGCGCAAGUAGUCCAGACAGUUCCACGACAGGAUCAGCCGGUUCUGAUUCCAACAAGACGUAUUUGCGUGGACAAAAUAUUCCAGUGGACGCGGAUAUACUUCAGGAACGUGAAAUUAAACGACAGAAGGCUUUAGAGCUACAGAAUGCAAUAAAGCAGCAAUUGGAAGAGCGGGACAGACAGAGAAAGGCGGAAAAGGAAAGGAGAUUGAAGGAAGAGAGAGAGGAGGAGGCGAGAAUAAAGCGAGAGAGGGAUUUGGAAAAGGAACGAUUCGAGGAGGAACAGCGACGAUCGAAGGAGAAGGAGAAUGCGAAAAUGAAAAAGGCUGAAGCCAUGCGUGAAGUUUUGGAAGCUGCUGAGAGACUGGCAAAGGAGGAGAAGAAAUUGAGAAGAAAGAGAGACGAGAGCAGCGAUGAUAACGGCAAGGAGAUCAAUAUAAAUGUAUACGAACCUUCCAAGGACAACAGACUGAACAAAUCGUCCUGUAGUAAAAAUAUUGAUCAUCCAGUGCAGCAAAAUAAUUAUUGCUGCGACAAUUCAAUGAAGGAAAAUAAGCAGAUGAACAAUCAGCGAGAAUGUAGUAAUCUUGAUAGGGAGAAAGAGAAGAAUCCUGAUAAGAGAGAUCCUGACGAGCCUAAUCAACCUACCAGUAUACAGCUUCCAGUUAGCAAGGACGUAGCUAUAGUCCUUAGUGGCAGAUUAGAUGAUCCUGAAAUUCUUAAAACAGCCAAUCUCCAAUUGGUCAAUCUAGUGGUCACUCCUAGUCCUAGAAAUAUUGAGAAUGGCGCCAAUACCCUUGCUACAGGACUGACUGCUCUUGUUCAGAGUCUGGGAAGUCCUGCAGGACGAAAGUCAUCCUUGAAACUUGGUACUUCGCCUAGGAUUGUGGAGAAUAGAAUUCUCACGCCUAGCAAGUACAGGACGUUCAAUGGACGGGAUUUUGGGACUCAGACUGAAGCUAAUCAAGAUCUUCAAGUCCUACAGGAUAACACGAACAAGGAAGUUUCCAUCAAGGAACGUAAGGAGGCUGUGAAUGCCAAUAGAAGAGACGUGGAGAAAUCAACGAAUACUGGUCCUGCGGAAGAGAUGUCUAUGAAGAACUUAACUAGAUCUAAAUCGCAACCAAGACCUAGCUUGGAGUCAAGACCACGUUGGAACGCAAAUCGACCAGGCACGCGAUAUCGAACACAGAGCGAAAAGGAUCCGCAUUAUCAGAGACGACUUAGACUCAGAAGACGUCAGGUAGAAUCUAGCGAUGAGGGAUCUAGAUCGCCAUCGCCCGAUAGAAGAAAGCCUAUGAAUUCAAAAUUAAAAACUAGAAAUUCAAUGAGACGCAAAGUAAAAUUGGAUAGUUAUGAUGCGGAUCUGUCAAUGGACAGUUUGAAUUCUGUUGUGCCACUGCGAAUAGAUAAAAAUGGUCGUGUCCACGUUGAGUCGACGAAAGUCGAAUGUGAUAGUAAAUUUCACAGUAACAGUGAUAACAGCACGGAUAAAAGUCCAACGAUAAAGGAAGCCAAUGAAAAUAUGGACAGUUGGUGCGGUCGAGAAAUUUUGUCGCAGUUGACAUCCCUGAGAAAUGGUUUACUGAUGAAGAAAAAAGAAUGGGAUCCUCAAAGAUGUAUAAUAUCGCCAACACCAGAUUUCUACUGAUUCCCAAAUAAACAAAAAUCCUUUUUUAUUUUUCCAUUAAAGUAGCUAAUCGUACCAUUAGCGCACCAACAAGGAAGACAAGAAUCAUUAAACAAAAAGUAAUGUAAACAAAAAAUGAAAUCUGUAGUUUGUUGAUUUCCAGAAUUGUUGAAAGACAACAAUGGCCUUCCAAUUGGACGAUCUCCUCAAAGACGACAAGAAGGACGCUAAUUUGAUUCCAGAUCUGAGCAAAGCCACUUGCAACUCUCAGGAAGAAUUUAGAAGACUCUUGGAACGUUGUCCAGAGUACAAGAUAAAGCCAGAGAAG